AUGUCUCCUACAGUCCACUGCGUCCCCGGUGAUUUAUGCACACCAAGAGACUCGGCCGCGCGCAGCAGGUUGUCUCCGACGCUCCGCAGCCCCGCAGAUGAAGCUGGUGACGCUGCAGAAAACUCUGUUCUCCACAAACUGCCCUCAGUCUUCGGAGCAGCAGCGACCUCCAAACCCCCGCAGCACAGAACCAGACAGCGGGGCAGGCGCAGGGUGAAGGCCAACGACAGGGAGCGUCACCGCAUGCACAACCUGAACUCGGCCCUGGACGCGCUGCGGAGCAUCUUACCGGCGCUGCCCGAAGACGCCAAGAUGACCAAGAUCGAGACUCUGCGGUUUGCGCACAACUACAUCUGGGCCCUGACUGAGACCCUGCGCAUGGCGGACCAGCACGGGCACACGGCGGGCUACCUUCCGGUGGUGUCGGAGCUCCGGAGCCCGUCCAGCGUCCUCUCCGCAGACUCUGGUUACACGGGCUUGGAUGAGCUUGACACAAGAGGCUCUUACACAUCAGUCAAUGAGAGGAACUGUAGAAUCUUUGCAAGAGGAGAAAACUUUUAUUUCACUUCUGUAUGUGGUGAAAGUUAUCUGAGAAACACUUUGCACUUGCUUUGAUACUUUAUCAGGUCCAUUUUCCUGUAGGGAACAGUAACUGGAUAAAACACACGAGUGACAUACAUCCCCAUUUACAGGUGUAGGUUAUUCUUUGAAGGCAGAGUCAACUUCACAAUCAGUUUCUAAACAAAGUCUGUUCAGUUAUUGUUAAAACGUAUUUUCCACACUGAGCUCUAACUGUCCCCUGAGCCAGCUCCUGUGCUGGAAAGUGUUUUAAUGAUCCGGUUGCUCUCUUCAUUCUUAAACUUAUUAUCACCCAACGACCAUGAAGCACAAUCAGUGAUGGAGGAAGACAAGAGAAGUGGUUUAAGCUAAAAAUAUUUAUUUGGCAAUGAUAAUCUUAAUGUAUGUAUGAGAUAUUUUUCUGCAUAAAAGUGGGUUUAUUUAUUUAAUAAAAGUGUAGAAAAAGUCUCUUGUGUGAAAAAUUAUUUGAUUUUUCAUUGUUUCUACGGUUUAAAAGAACAUGAAGUAUGUGUACAAGACAAACAUGUCCACAAGACAGUAACUGUCAUUACAGAUGGAGUUUUUCUGGGAGAAAAAAAAAAGGAGAUAAUUUCAUAGUAUUCAUUAAUGUUUCUUUUGUAGAAGUCAAAG